AUGAACUCCAUUCCGUUGACCUUUGCGAGCGGCCUGUAUGACCGUAUGGUCCCGUUGGCGCGAGGCCAGGUUAGAUGUCCUGGCAUAGCAGUAAAUUUCAUCGACAUCCCUCAUCCGCGCGAGAUAUUUGACCGGAUGAUGAGCGCAGGCGAGUUCGACGCUUCGGAGCUCUCAAGCUCUGAGUACAUCUCAAAUUAUGCUGCUGGCGACCGUUCAUUCGUUGCACUGCCUGUGUUCCCCUCACGCGCUUUCAGACAUAGCUGUAUCUAUGUCAAUACGAAGGCGAUCAGACAGCCGAGCGACCUGAGCGGGAAACGUGUGGGCAUCCCUUUGUAUACGAUGACCGCCGCCGUCUGGAUCAGAGGUCUCUUGCAACACGAGUACGGGGUAGACAUUGACAGUAUCGUAUGGACUGAAGGCGACGUGGAAAAGCCCGGUGUUUAUGGAUCGCCAUCGGCUCUACCACCAGUGAAAAAGCUGAAAAUCGAGCGAAACACGUCAUCCAAGUCGCUCAGUCAGAUGCUGGAAGAUGGAGAGCUGGAUGCGCUUAUCAGUCCGGACAAACCAUCUUCCAUGGCUCGGUCAGCGCAUCUCCAACGCUUGUUUCCGGACUUCAAGCAGGUUGAGAUUGCAUAUUUCAAAAAUACUGGCCUAUUUCCAAUCAUGCAUCUGGUUGUCAUACGGAGGGACUAUUAUGAGCGAUAUCGCUUUGCAGCAACAUCGCUUUUCCGCGCUUUGGAUGAAUCGAAAGCCACUGCACGGAAGGGAUUGGUGUACACAGGUACAUUGAGGUAUAUGGUACCGUGGCUCCUGGCCGAUGUUGAAGAAAUGGAGGAGAUUUUCAACGGCGACUGCUGGCCAUAUGGGCUGGAGCCGAAUAGGAAGACACUAGAAACUCUCGUUCAGUAUCUGGCCGAACAAGGGAUGAUCCAGGAAGUUGUAAAAGUGGAUGACUUGUUCGUCCCAAUCAAAGCGAGCUCUGAAUGGAAGGACAACGACAGUGGAAUGGGAGGCCUUGUUGCUGACGAAACGUAG